GCAGUCGGCCGUCGCGUCGUCACAACGCCGCGGCCGAGCGCGACCGGUUAUUGCUCAUGUUGUCUUGACGGUGUCUGUCGCCUUCCCCUACCUUCCCCCCACUCCACCGCCAUCCCUCCCCUCUCCACGGAGCAGCUCGGUCCGCGGCCCACCCGCUGAUCUGCGCCGCCGCAGCCAGCCAGUCGAGUCAGUACGCGGAGCCGGGUCGGGACUCACGACCAGCAACGUGGUGAAGGGUGUCGUCGAAUCUUUGGAAGCUCUCUCUCUCAGGCACGGAGACAUAGCCUCAUCCAAGCAUGGCUGUGUUCGGGCUGGUGUCGGCGGUUGCUGGCUUCGUGAAGGUGCGCUUCCUGGUCGACAAGGCGGUGAUCGACAACAUGGCCUUCAGGUUCCACUACAGAGUCACGUCGGCCAUAUUCUUCCUGUGCUGCAUUCUUUGCACCGCCAACAGCUUGAUAGGCGACCCCAUAAACUGCAUAAACGACGGCGCCAUCCCCGCGCACGUGAUCAACACGUUCUGCUGGAUCACGUCUACGUUCACGCUGCCGCACCAGCAGGGCAAGCCGGUGGGCACGCACGUGGUGCACCCGGGCGUGGGCGCCUACGUCGAGCACGAGCACGAGACGCGCUACCACGCCUACUACCAGUGGGUGCCCUUCAUGCUGUUCUUCCAGGGAGUGCUGUUCUACGUGCCGCACUGGAUCUGGAAGAACUGGGAGGAAGGCAAGAUCCGGAUGAUCAGUGACGGGAUCCGCGGGGCCAUGAUCGGCCCCAAGGAAGACCGCAAAGAGAAGCAGAAGCGCCUGGUGCAGUACAUCUUCGACACCAUGCAUCUCCACAACAUGUACGCGGCGGGCUACUUCUUCUGCGAGGCGCUCAACUUCGUCAACGUGAUCGGCAACAUAUACUUCAUUGACCUGUUCCUGGGCGGAGCGUUCUUGAGGUACGGGGUUGAGGUGGUGCAGUUCUCCAACAUGAACCAGGAGAAUCGGACGGACCCCAUGGUCGCCAUCUUCCCGCGCCUCACAAAGUGCACCUUUCACAAGUUCGGAGCCUCAGGAACUAUCCAGAAGCAUGACUCUCUGUGCGUGCUGGCCCUCAACAUCCUGAACGAGAAGAUCUACAUCUUCCUGUGGUUCUGGCUGAUCUUCCUGGCCGUGAUCACUGGCGUCGCACUGCUCUACAGCAUAAUCAUUGUGGUGCUGCCGUCCAUCAGGGAGACCAUACUCAAGAGACGCUUCCGCUUCGGCCCGCCAUCCGGGGUCUCUGGCCUCGUCGAGAAAACCCAGGUGGGGGACUUCCUGCUGCUGCACCUGCUCGGCCAGAACAUGAACAUGAUGGUGUUCGGGGAGAUCCUGGACGAGCUGAGCUGCAAGCUCAACGAGUACAUGCACAACAACAUGCCCACCGCCCCCUCCACCAUGGAGAUGUCGCCCAUCUACCCGUCCAAGGACAAGUUCCCCAAGGAGACGGAGGCCUAGCGGGGCCCGGUCCGCAACCGGCACGUUGGGGCGUUUUUGUGAUAAAAACGGAUUGUUGUGCAACGAGUUUGUGGUAGUAUCGAGUGUUUCUCUACGUUAUUUUUAAUGGUUGAUGUUUUGUUUAACAUUUAAUUGAUCACUCAUUCCAGAGUUGUUUUUUUUUUGUAGGUUUCAAGUAAGCUAAGGUAAGUUUCGUAGUUUUAGGGAUUUCUACAAUGAAGCUUGAAAAGACUGCUCACAACUGUGUUAACAGUUCCUACUACACAACAGAUCUGAUUUUUUUUUCUCUUCUAAAUGGAUAAACUGUGAUGGAACUAGAAUGCUGCUUUUGGAUGCAAUGCAUUGUGUUUAUUGAAUAUUGUGCAGGGUUUUACUCCUACGCCCCCUGUUCUGUCCAUUGUAUAGGUAUAUGUCAAGUCGUGUUUAGCCGUUUGCUUCAUGCUGUAAUGGUAUGUAAAAUGUCCAUGUCUUGCUUGCCAACUUCAUGAUGAAAAUGAAAGGUCUGAGAUAAAUUUUUUAUGCAAACAAUUCUACAAAAUUGUUAAGACUAUCAAAAAAAUGUUUACUUAGCAAAAUUUUGAUUAAAAUUAUUUUUGUUAUAUAGUUAAUUUUGAUAUACCUAGUUAUGCAUAAAGCUAAAAUACAUAAUUCCAAUAUGAUGAAAUUUUUCUCAUUUGAUGUACAUAGGUUUUAAAUUUGUACAGUAGUACAUACUUGUGAAUCUGAAAUUAGGGCAGAUUAGAUCAUAACAUUCCAAAAUAUUGUCUAUUUUAAUUUGGUAUUGUAAGCACCUAGGGACUCCAAUAAAAAAACUGUGAAUAGAAUAUCAAUGUCCUGCAUAAAUCUUAUAAAAUUCUAAGCUGUGCUCAAGUAUAUAUUUUCACAAUGAUAAAAUUUUGUUUACCACUAUGUUGUUAAAUUAUUUUUUAGAAAAACCUAAUUCAGUGUUUUUAAGUGCAUGGUAGCACUGGUCAAUGCUGAUUGGAUAUUGUAAUUGUAAAAUGACUUCUAAUUAUAUACAUAAAUCUUAAGUUUUGUCGAUAGCUUAACACCAUUGUAGACAUUGUACAUGCACUCAACUUAUUUAACUAAACAAUUUGGUUUCAGGGUUUUGUAUUUAAAUUUUUUUGAAGAGUUCUUGGAUGCAUAUAUUACUUGGAACAUUCCAUAGUGUGUUAGGAUAUUGCAACAAAUUUACAUAUUCAUUAUUUUUAAAAAAGUUAAAUACCGGUUGGUAUAUAUUUUGAUAAUAAUUGUGUUAAGGCAUUCCAAUUUUUAAAUUACCAACUAUGAAACAUUCCAAUAAAGCAAAUUUGUAGGUAGGUAUAAAAAAACCAAUACAUUAAAUGAAACACUACCAUUGUAUGGUACUUCCUGAAAUAUAAUAAAUUUAUUUGUUUUACUUUAAAAAUUUUAUUUUUACUUAUUCACUUCACAUAUGGAAGCAGUGUAAGCUAGUGAUAUUUCAAUAUUUGUUGAGGAAAAUUGAACAUUGUUAGAAAUGGUAGAGCAUGUCAUUGUUAAUAAUUUUGAUUUAUUAGUUCAUUUUUCCACAUUCAAAAUAUGUAUGUUAUUACUGUUAGUGAUAUUUGCAAAACAUAGUGUAAAGCUUAAAAGUGCCAAAUGCUUAUUUUAUUUAAGAUGGGGUUGUAUGCAUUAGGGCCUACAUGUCUAAAGAUUUUAGACAAUGUAAUGCAUUCCAAAAAUUAGACAAAAAUGUAAGCUGCUGAUUUUCCUAUUGUUUAGUUUAAAUGAAAGUUUAUUUACGUAAGUUUUUGAAGUUCUGUAAUACAAUAUCUAUUUUUUUAAAAAGGUUGAUUUUGUUAUGCUAAAGAUUUUAUGGUAUAAUUUUGUAAGAAAUAAUAUGUGAAUGCCUUUUAUGUACAUUUUAAUAGCAAUUUUUUUAAAACUAUUGGCAUACUUUUGAUGUUACGCAGCUGUAAUUUUUUUAAGUUGUAAUUUAAUUUUUUAUCCUCAAUAAAUAUUUGGGUAAAAAGCUUUGUCUAAACUGUUUUGAUUACAGUAAUUGUUAAUGUAGAGAUUCCUUCAAUUAUGUAGGUAACAUUCAGACACAUCCUGAUUUUAGAGAUACUGGUAAAAUGUUGUAACUAAACUAACAAAUUGGGUGACAGUCGUUACUAUAUAGGCGCUAACUGGAAUCAACUUAUUUUCCAAAAUAGCAAACAGUAAUGUAAAUAGUACAUUCAAAAGCAGUGACAGGACUUUUUUCUUAAAUCUUUACACACCGAAUCUUGUAAACAUACUGCAUAUCUGCCAAUUUUUACGUUUUUCUCAUAAUUUGUAUGGAAAAUAAUCCAUAUUACGGUUGUACAGAAAUUCUUAAUAUCUUGCUCUUUUCGAGCUUAAAAUAUUUUAAUUUAUGCCUUUUUUUUUCUGGAAGUGGAAAUUUUUUUAAGGUUUGCAUUUCUUUUUUUACAACAUUGCAGCUCAUCUUAACGUAUUCUGACGUAUUCGUCACAUAAACAAGAAAAGGUGAAAAAUAUUGACCGGAACUAAAUUGAGCUAACCAACUAUAGAAUUCCCCCCCACCACCCCAUUUUUUUUCACUUUGUUAAAUAACCCAAAGGGAAACUUAUCCAUAUGACGUAUAGCUCUUAGACGGAAAUGGCAGCAUGUGUUUGGUUGUAUUUUUCUGUACGUCUCGGAAGUUUAAUGCUUGUGUAAGAAGAUAUUUAUUAUUAAGCAAGGUUACAUGUGCUGUCAUAACGUUAAACAAACUCUAAAAAAAACAGUAUGGACAUGUGUUUAGGUUGGCAUAUUCGGAACUGUUUCCGUGUAUUAGACUGAAAAAGACCCGAACUAGGCGCUUUGCAGCUUGUGCCGUUAUGAUUUAAAUGUUUCUCAUGACAGAAAGAACAAUUUUUCUAAUAACAUUAAGUAUUCGAAACAAGUUAGUAAUGUGAAAUCGGCUAAAGAAAAAAGACAGUUACUUUUCGAUGAGCCAUACCAGUACAGUACCAUGGUUGUGAUUCUAGCAAAAUACUAUUUCACCAGUUUUUUUAAUAGAACAUAACAGUUUGAUGACAGAUCAUGCUGAAAAUUUUUUCUCGAAAAUAUUCCAGACUUUAGACAGAGCAAAAAAGUAUAGUUGCGGUCGCACAAAAACUACUGCUAUAUUUAAAGAAAUUGCAUUGGUAACCUAUGAACGCAAAUUAUCAGAAACCAGUAGGAAUUUUAGAAAGUCAAUUUGCAGAGUAAAUAGAGGAACUGUUCGAAAUAAGUAUAUUUGAAAUGUUAUUUUAUUAAAUUUGAACAAUAGAUGCAGUGUUUUUUUUUAGAACCAGUGUAUAGUCAUGUGAUGUUUUUAAAAUAAAAUAUUAAUUGUAAUCUAAAUCAAUGGAUCAUCUCUUGGUAAGUUCACCAAUAUUAAAUUAAUUACUCUGGUUUUCUUUGAUUUUGUUAUUUUAAUAUUAAUUUUAAUUAGUUCUUAAGGUAUUAAGUAGAUAUUUUAAAGGUAUACAUCCUUUAAAUUAUUGUGUGUUAAGGAUGGUGCUUUACUUAUGGUCUGUUUCACUAACAUUAAAUCAUUGCAUAUGAUUUAUGAAAACAUUUAGUUUUCUUUCCAAGUUGGCAGGUAUGAUACUUAAUGUUACAGUAACAACACACAAAGUUUUUCUCUUAUUUUAACUAAUAAAAAAUUGCAGUUUUUUGGUUUAUUCAAAAGUGUAGACAUCUGAGAAGAAAAAUUUUACCCUGCUUUUAAAAAAAAAUGUAAAUAGUCAUACAUUUAUUUAAAAUGUACAGUUAAAACUAAAUUCUUAAACUUAAAAUUUAAUACUAUGGCUAUAACGCCUGAACACAAAUAUAUAGGGAUGUGUCCAGGGGCACAACAACUAAAUUUCCAAAGGGGGGGGGGGGGGGGCCAAUAUACCUUCUUAUAUAGAAUAAUCGAUCCCCCUAUUGAGGCGGGGGUCCGGGGGUCCUCCCCGGGAAAAUUUGUAUUUCAAGGUGGAAAAUGGUGCUAUUUAAGCAGUUUUAUUAUCUAAAAAUUGAUUAUACAGCACUUUAUUUGCCCCCGUUUGCCCCCACUUCAAGGUUUCAGAGGGGGGGCAAAAUACCCUUGCCCCCUGGAUGUGUCCAUAGCACAAGACAGCCAUUAGCAAAUUGAGCCUCAAAGUAAUGGAUAAAUUUCUGAGAUGGAUAAUAUCUGAAUACUCGUACUGCUAGAACCACCUGUUGACAAUUAUUGGUCAUACUAAUGUCCACCAUAGCCAUUUUGUGUCAAUAUCUACAAAUAUUCAGCAAAACCUAAAUAACUACCAAUUAAAAAAAUUAUUAAGUUUGGAUAAAUAUAAAUGUUAGCUAUCAAAGUAAAAAAUUUUAUUUCAAAAUAUUAAAUACCCCUCUAAGUUUAGGUUAACCUUUUAUUAACGUUCAUUUGCCUCUAUUUGAAGCUUGCAACAUUUUAAACAAAUCUUUUACCAAAAAUCUAAAAUAAUACCAUGUACAAACAAAA